GCCUGUAGCACUCCGAGCACACAAAAUCGCUAAAACGAACAGACCUAUGGGUGAACUGCCGUAAGUGGAUUAGUUUAGUAUUCAGAGUAGUAUUUACAGGUUACAGAACUCUGGAACUUUUGACUGUGAGAAGCCUUGAGGUUAGAUGUUGACAAACGUUAUGCUGAUUUAGUUAAGCUUUUAUAUUCUGAAACCAGUGUAUCACGAACAAACUGAAUAUGGGUUCGAAUAAACGACAUAAAACGGAAAAAGUUCGUGAGACUAAGAAGAAACGGCAUCGUAGUCGGUCACGAUCACAUACCCCUGAACGAGAAAAGGCUGACAAACACAGGCAUCAUAAGAAGCAUAAGAGGAAAGAGCGCAAGGACUAUGAUAGCGAUGUCGAAGUCGUCAGUGCACCACCACCGCCAAAGAUAUCAAAGACUUCUCAUCCAGCGACACCUCCACCACCAGAAAUAUCUGGUCAAAGAACUCCUUCUCCUCCGAUGGGUGGUUCAUCACAGCUAUCUUUGUCAAUCGAUGAAACUAAUAAGCUUCGUGCCAAAUUGGGUUUGAAACCUUUAGAGGUUGAAAGUAGUGCUGGGAAAGAUGAUCCAAAUAAGAUUAAAGAUGAUCUGGGAGAGUUUUAUCAUAAACCUGCACCCAAUGCUAAUGAGAAAGUUAAAACUCAGAAAAUUAAGGAAAAACUGACAUUGCAAAAGGAGAAGAGGCAAAUUGAAACCAAUUUAGCGAAAGUAAAGCCAUUAGGUGAAAGUGAUUCGGAUGAUGACGCAAAGGGAUGGGUUGAGAAAAAUAGGCGUUUACAAAAAGAAAAAAAGAAAGCUGAAGAGAGGGCAAAAAUGUUGGAUCAACUUGAUGAGGAAUUUGGUAUUGGAAAUUUAGUUGAAGAAGAAGUACGGAGUGAACGUCGUACAGCGUAUACAAAAAGAGAUUUAAAAGGACUUAAAGUCGAGCACAAUAUGGAUAAUUUUGAAGAGGGUAAAACCGUCGUCUUAACAUUGAAAGAUAAGGGUGUUUUGGAAGAGGAAGAUGAUGUCCUUGUGAAUGUUAACAUGAUAGACGAAGAGCGUUAUAAACGCAGUAACUUAAAUAAGUCCAAAAAGCCAGGAUAUGACGCUUACGAUGAUGACAAUUUUGAUGAAUACGGCUUCCCAAAAAAUAAAGUUUUAGAAAAGUAUGAUGAGGAGAUUGAAGGUCAAAAGAAGGAAAGUUUUGCACUGGGAAUAGAUGAUGCGAAGGAACGAAAACAGCGGCAAGCCGAAAUGGUGAAGAAUCGUCUGGCUAGUAAAAGGCUGGAAAGUCUAAAGUUAUCCGAGCCAAAAUUAGCUAGUGAAUAUUAUAACGAAGAAGAACUAGCAAAAUUCAAAAAGACAAAGAAAAAAGUAAGAAAAAUUAGGCAAAAGAAAAUGCUGAAAGCGGAUGAUAUCGUUCCUGAUAAUACCGAUUAUCUCAGAGAUCUUGGUAGUAGAAGAAGCCGUCGAAAUGAUGCCACUCAGGAAAAGGAUGAUGCUGAUAACAUGAUGGACGUUGAUGAUUUCGAAGCCCCUACGGAAGAUCUAACUGGAGUAAAAAUCGAAGAGGAUGACAAAGAAUUGGAUCUGCAGUUGGCACUAAAGAAAGCGCAGCGUCUAAAGCAGCCAAAUUUCUCAAGCAUAGAAGAAGUUGCACAAAGUAUAAAGCAAGAAGCUGAUAAUUCCGAAGAUAAUCAGCCUGGGAAUAUCGUCUUGAAUGCUACUGCUGAAUUUUGCAGGACUUUGGGAGACAUUCCUACGUACGGGCUGGCGGGUAAUCGAGAAGAGAAUGACCAAGAGCUUAUGGAUUAUGAAGUAGAUGGCGUAAAGGACGAAGUAAUACCGGAAGGAGAAGAAGGCGAUGGGCGUGGAGCUUGGAACACCGUACAAUUAGAUGAAGCUAUACCUGAACCUGCAGCUUUGGAAGUUGCUAUUCUUGAUGCGGAACCAUCUCUAGGUCAAGGUGUGGGUGGAGCACUGAGACUCGCAAUGAGCAAAGGCUAUUUGCAAAUAGAGGAUUCAAAUCGGCCAUCCGCUUCUCGUUUUGCUCAUUUACAGGCUCAAAAUUAUUCUAUCGAAGACAAGACUUAUGGGGAUGAUGACAAGUUUGGUAGGAGAGAUAGAUUUAAUGGACCAACUUCAGACUUCAAGGAAAAAGAUGGCUUCAAACCAAAUGUUAAACUGGAAUAUAUUGAUGACGAUGGGCAUGUUUUGAGUGCCAAAGAAGCAUUCAGGUAUCUGUCUCACAAAUUCCAUGGAAAGGGUCCAGGAAAGAACAAAGUGGAGAAGCGAAUGAAAAAGGCGGAACAAGAAGUCCUGAUGAAGCGAAUGUCUUCGACGGAUACACCUCUGGGUACCCUUAAUCUACUUCAAGCAAAGCAGAAAGAAACCCAAUCACCUUACAUUGUUUUAAGCGGCAGUAAACAAAUGCAAACGGCUAAUAUAUCGAAGACGAAGCACUGAAGCUGCCAUAUAUUUCAACAAUCAAGUUGUAUAUAUACUAUACCAUAAAAUACUACUAUAAAUAUAUUAAAGGGCUUUUUGAAGCUAGAUGGUUUUUUCAAAUUCGAGAUUCAAAAGUUAUCAUGUGAGUGUUUUUUUCUGUUGACGCCUGAUUAUCGUAUUUUCAUUUAUUUUCGCAAAGUCGUUAGUAAUCUUCUUGGUAUCAUUGAAAUAAAAUUUGAUCGCAUCACACUUCAGUGUACGGUACAAUAUUUGUGUCAGUAUUGCACGAAAUAAAUCUUUUCGAUUUUUGAGUUAA